AUGGCUAUCCUAGCAGUUCGCACGAGACCUAAGAUCCUCAUACCAGAGAAAGUUUCAGCUGAUGGUCUAGCGCUACUGCAAGAUAAGUUCGAGGUACAUGAGAAGAAGGGUUUGAACCCUGACGAGUUAAGUGCUAUCAUCGGAGACUAUGAAGCUCUCAUUGUUCGUUCCGAGACUCAGGUGACAGCAGAAUUGCUUAACGAAGCAAAGAAGCUCAAAGUCGUUGCUCGUGCCGGUGUUGGCGUUGACAAUGUCGAUGUCCAAAGCGCCACUAUCCAUGGCAUCAUUGUUGUGAACUCGCCUUCUGGCAAUAUCAAUGCCGCAGCAGAACACACGAUCGCGCUACUCAUGGCUGUCGCUCGCAACAUCGGUGAUGCGUCGCAAAGUAUCAAGAACGGCAAGUGGGAGCGGAGUCGAUUGACUGGUGUCGAAGCGAAAGGCAAGACGCUCGCCAUUGUCGGCUUGGGCAAAGUCGGUCUCACCGUCGCUCGAAUCGCCAACGGCCUCGGUAUGCGACUGAUAGCUUACGACCCAUACGCCAACCCCAACCUGGCAGCAGCAGCCUCAGUCACUCUACGAUCAAGCCUAGCAGAACUGCUUCAAGAAGCUGACUUCCUGACACUGCAUACUCCGCUCAUCGCGUCCACUAAGGGCAUGAUCGGCAAAGCUGAAUUGGCCACGAUGAAGCCCACAGCUCGAAUUCUGAAUGUCGCCCGAGGUGGUAUGAUUGACGAAGGCGCCCUCGUAGAAGCACUAGAUGCAGGCACAAUCGCAGGCGCCGGUAUUGACGUUUUCACGUCUGAACCACCCAAGCCAGACUCCUUAGCAAGUCGCCUCAUCGCGCAUCCAAAAGUCGUAGCAACUCCUCACCUCGGCGCCUCAACUAAAGAAGCCCAAGAGAACGUCUCCAUCGAUGUAUGCGAGCAGGUUGUUCUCAUCUUGUCCGGCGAACUGCCACGUUCAGCAGUCAACGCACCAUUGAUCUUGCCCGACGAAUACCGCACGCUCCAACCCUUCGUCAGCCUCGUCGAAAAGAUGGGUUCUCUGUACACCCAACACUACUCCUCCAUCAACAUUAAGUCGUUUCGCACAACCUUCGAUCUCACCUACGAAGGCAAACUCGCCAAUCUCAACACCACCAAGCCUCUCUUCGCUGCUCUUGUCAAAGGUCUAUUGACGCCAAUCACCAGCAGUGACGGUUUGAACAUCAAUAUCGUUAACGCUGAGCUCCUCGCUAAAGAGCGCGGUAUCUUGAUCAACGAACAGCGUAGCAGAGAAAACGUGGAGGAGAAACCAUACUCCUCAUUCAUCACACUGCGCGCUCGCGCAAGUCGGUCCACAUCCGCUGCCCGCGCCGGAUCUCGCGCAACGAGUCCGGCUACGAGUCGCAGCCCCAACCUGUCGCGCGUCGAUACGCAUCAAGGAACCUCGCAACCUCCACCUGAGCAGGACCAAAUCAUCCAAGGUUUCGUUUCUGGUAACAAGCCGUUCAUCUCUCGCUUGGACAGGUUUAAGGGCGAGUUUGUGCCGAAAGGUACACUGCUCAUCUGCAGAAACUUCGAUUCGUGCGGGAAGAUCGGUUUUGUAGGCAACCUCCUGGGCAAAGCAGGAGUCAACAUCAAUUUCAUGAAUGUUGCGCCACUGGAUCUGGAUGAGGAGGUUGAGGCACAGGUGAACGGGAAGGAAAGCAACGAAGCGCUCAUGAUUCUUGGAGUCGAUCGGCCGGUCGGCGAAGAUGUUGCAAAGGCAUUGAUUGGACCCGAGGGGGUCUUGGAGGCGUCUGUUGUGACACUUUGA